AUGCUCUCCCGCUCCUCGCUCCACAUUCUGCUUCCAGCUCAAGCAUUCAAACCUCGCGUGCCGCAACUGAUCCGUUCAUCAACUAUCGUUCAGUCUGCUCGAGUCAUCUCUACAGUUGCAGAUCGACGAACCAAAUCUGCGACUCGAAAACUGGAUUCUCCCACUCUGAUUUCCAAGACAGCGCCCCGUCUCGCCUCUCUCUCUCGACACUUUUCAUCGACUGCGGUUGCAGCGGACUCCAGCAACAUGGCUCCUACGGACGUUCAGCAGUAUGACUAUAUUGUUUUGGGUGGUGGUAGUGGUGGUAGCGGUAGCGCACGGCGUGCCGCUGGCUGGUACGGUGCAAAGACGCUGAUUGUGGAAAGUGGACGGGCUGGUGGUACUUGCGUCAACGUCGGCUGUGUCCCCAAGAAGAUGACCUGGAAUUUCGCUUCCGUCAACGAAGCUCUCCACGUCGGCGAGCACUACGGCUACGACAUCCCCAAGGACGUCAAGAUCAACUACCGUCAAUUCAAGGAAACCCGCGACGCCGUCGUCAAACGUCUGAACGGUGCCUACGAGAGAAACUGGGGCAAGGAAGGCAUCGACCUCGUGCACGGCCGCGCUCGGUUCGUCGAGCCCAAGGUCAUCGAGGUUACGCUCAGUGACGGCGCAAAGGCGCGGUACUCGGCGCCUCACAUUCUCAUCGCGACCGGUGGCCGGCCCACCAUUCCCCCUGUCAAGGGUGCCGAGCAUGGUAUCACUAGCGACGGGUUCUUUGAGAUCGAGGAGCUCCCGCCCAAGGUUGCUGUCGUGGGUGCGGGUUACAUUGCCGUCGAGCUGGCUGGUGUCAUGGCUGCCGUCGGCGUGGAGACCCACAUGUUCAUUCGGGGUGAGACGAUGCUGCGCAAGUUCGACCCUAUGAUUCAGAAGACGAUGACGGAGCGGUACGAGGCGACCGGCGUGCGCAUGCACAAGAAGCACGGCGGGUUCAAGGAGGUGCAGCUGGUGAAGGACGGCAAGGGCAAGGACAAGGUGCUCAAGCUGAUUGGCAAUGACGGGUCGGAGGAGGAAUUCAACGAGCUGCUGUGGGCUAUCGGUCGUCAGCCCGAGGUCGAGGAUCUGCAUCUCGAGGUCCCCGGCGUGAAGCUCAACGAAAGUGGCCACAUCGUUGUCGACCAGUACCAGAACACCUCGGCGGAUGGUGUUUAUGCUCUCGGCGAUGUCACUGGCGUUGCGGAACUCACACCAGUGGCCAUUGCAGCCGGUCGCCAACUCGGCAGCCGUCUCUUCGGCCCCCCGGCCCUCAAAUCCGCUAAACUGUCCUACGAGAAUAUUCCCACCGUGGUCUUUGCGCACCCCGAAGUCGGCACCAUCGGUCUGACCGAGCCGCAAGCCCGCCAACGCUACGGUGACGACAAGGUCAAGGUUUAUUAUACCAAAUUCACCGCGAUGUACUACGACGUGCUCCCGGCAGAGGAGAAGAAGAAGAACCCGACCGAGUUCAAGAUUGUGUGUGUCGGUCCCGAGGAGAAGGUGGUCGGUCUGCACAUUCUGGGUCUCGGCGUGGGCGAGAUGCUGCAGGGUUUCGGUGUCGCGAUCAAGAUGGGUGCUACCAAGAAGGACUUUGAUAGCUGUGUUGCUAUCCACCCGACCAGUGCAGAGGAGUUGGUGACCAUGCGGUAG